CAUGCCUUUUGAAUAAAAAAAAAUUCAUUUCUGAAAUCGAAACUGAACUCACUCAGACUUCCGGACAGAGGGAUAAAUAUGAUACAGCCUCUUAUAUUGAUAUGAAUAUUGCCUAAAAACUAACCAAUGUACGAGCUGUGCGGUAUGGAACAAGGACAAGAGACGAAAAUGCAGUAUUGAGAGCGAGUGACAGCUCGCAAAUCUGCGAUACAUGAGAACUGAUUUCUUUACAGAAAUCUCGAGGCCAUGGCUCACCAUUCUGAUGAAGAGAUCCAGCUCACACCUGCCAUCCUCCUGCUGGAUUAUCUAAAGAAUCUCAACGAUGACGAGCUGAAGGAGUUUAAAUGGCGCUUGAGUCAUAUUCGGUAUUAUAAGUCAAAGUCCAUUCCUGAAGGUCAGGUGAAGGAUUUGAAGGAAAGAACGAAUGUCGUCGAUCUAAUGAUAAACUUCUACUGUGAAGACGAUGCUCCCAAAGUCAUGUGUGAAAUCCUGCGGCAGAUGAAUCAGAAUGACCUCGCGCAGAAACUGAACAAUGACCUGCAAAAGAGUAACCGUAAACAAGCCGGUGGAGAGCUUGACAGAGUCACUGGCCAAUGUGCCAGAAUGCAGAUGGACCAGCAUGAAUCGGGCGCCGAGGACGUGGGGGAGAAGUACAGAAAUGUCCAAACAGAAUUUAAAAAGAAACUCAUUCAAAAAUAUCAAUGUAUAUCUGAGGGAAUUGCGAAACAAGGGAAGAGCACCUUCCUCAUUGAUAUCUACACGGAGCUGUACGUCACAGAAGCUGGCAGCAGAGGGGUGAAUAAUGAACAUGAGAUCCGGCAGAUCGAAACAGCAUGCUGGAAAAACAGCAGCCCAGAAUAUGCCAUCAAAUGCAGUGACAUCUUCAAACCUCUCCCUGGUCAAAGCAAACACAUCAGAACUGUUUUGACCAAAGGUAUCGCAGGCAUUGGAAAAACGGUGUCCGUGAAAAAGUUUGUUCUCGAUUGGGCAGAAGGAAGAGAAAACCAAGAUAUCGAGUUCAUAUUUCCUCUUCCUUUCCAUGACUUAAAUCGGUUGAAAGACAAUCAGUACAGCCUCAUUCAGCUCAUUAAUCACUUCUUUUCAGAUAUAAAAGAAAUAGAAAACAUUAAAUGGAACAAGACUGUGUUUAUCUUUGAUGGCCUGGAUGAAUGCCGUUUUCCCCUUAAUUUCAACGACAAUGAGAUAUGGCAGGACAAAACUAAGCCGACUACAGUGGAUAUGCUGUUGACCAAUCUUAUUGCAGGAAAUCUCCUUUCCUCCGCUCUCAUCUGGAUUACCUCCCGGCCGGCAGCAGCCAAUCAGAUCCCUUCUGAGUGCGUCCAACAGCUGACGGAGGUACGGGGGUUUAAUGAUUCGCAGAAGGAACAAUACUUCAUCAAGAGGUUCAGCGACCAGACCAUGAGCAGCAAAAUAUUUGCAUACAUCAGGUCAUCAAGGACUCUGUUCAUCAUGUGCCACAUACCGAUCUUCUGCUGGAUUUCAGCGACUGUCCUUGAGCGACUAUUAGGUGAAGAAGUCAGCAAAGAAAUACCCCAAACUCUGACCCAAAUGUACAGUCACUUCCUUAUAAUUCAAAUAAUUACAAACCGUAAAUAUCAAGGGAACUGUAUGACAAAUUCAAAAAUGUUGUCGAUGAAAGAUAGAGAAAUUAUUCUGAAACUUGGUAAGCUUUCCUUCCAUGCUCUGGAAAAGGGGAACCUGAUAUUUUACGAAGAGGAUCUGGAAUCUUGUGGCAUUGAAGUCAGUGAAGCAACUCUGUAUUCUCAUCUGUGCACAGAAAUCAUUAUAGAGGAGUGGGGGAUGUAUCAGGAAAAAGCGUACCGCUUUGUACACCUCAGCCUUCAGGAGUAUCUCGCUGCUCUGUAUGCAUUUUAUCGAUACACACAAGAGAAAAUAAAUGUCCUGGACCCAGACUCUGGAGCAGAAGAACAAGAAACAUUGUCUGCUUUACACAAAAGUGCCAUAGACAAAGCCUUGCAGAGUCAAAAUGGGCAUUUGGACCUUUUCCUUCGAUUCAUUCUAGGUCUCUCCCUAGAAUCCAAUCAGACUUUCCUUCAAGGUUUGCUGAUGUUAACAGGAAAUGCAAACUGGACUGCUGAAGAUACAGUCAAAAACAUCAAGAAGAUGAUCAAGGAGGAUUUUUCUCCUGAUAGGAUUAUCAAUCUCUUCCACUGUCUGAAUGAACUAAAUCACCCUUCUCUAGUGAAGGAUAUCCAGACUUACUUGAAAACAAGAAACCCUACAGGUACCAAGCUGAAAGCACACCAAUGCUCAGCCCUUGCCUUUGUGUUGCUGAUGUCCGGGGAGGUGCUGGAUGACUUUGACUUGAAGACUUACAAUGCUUCAGAUUUGGGUCUUGAGAGGCUACUCUCAGUCGUGAAGCAUUGUAGGAGGGCCGUGCUUGACAGUUGUGGUCUUAGGGGCUCGUCAUAUGAAACGGUGUCAUCAGCUCUCCAGGUAACUAACCAUCUGAGAGAGCUCAACCUGAGCUACAAUGUCCUGGGAGAUUCAGGACUGAGGCAUCUGGAUACUGGACUGAGAAGUCCAAACUGCAGAUUACAGAAACUUUUGCUGUCGGGCUGUCAUUUCACUGGGGUGGGCUGUGAGGUCCUGGCCUCAGCUCUGGGCUUAAACCCCUCAUGCCUGAGAGAGCUGGAUGUGAGCUACAAUGACGUAGAAGACCAUGCUGUGGUAGUGCUUUGUGCCAAAUUGAUCAGUUUGAGUUGUAAACUUGAGAAGUUGAAGUUGAGUAACUGCUGCCUCACAGAGCUGUGCUGUGGAGAUCUGGCCUUAUUGCUACGCUCAGCCAGCUCUGAGCUGAGGGAACUGGAACUGAGAGACAAUGAUCUCAAAGACUCGGGAGUGAAAUUACUUUGUGAUGGACUUCAAGAUGCCAACUGCAAACUAGAGCGGCUUGUCCUCUCAGGCUGUCGGGUCACAGAGGAAGGCUGCGGUUUCCUGAGUCGAGCUCUUCGUUCAAAUCCCUCGCACUUGAAAGAGCUGGAUCUGAGCUACAAUCACCCUGGUGACUCUGGACUGAGACAAAUCUCUGCUGUGCAGGAGGAUCCCAGCUGUGGGCUGAAGAGCCUCUUUGUUGACCAUUGUGAAGAGAGCAGAGACAGGCCAAGACUGCAAAAAUAUUUCUGCAGCAUAAGUCUGGAUCCCCUAGCUGCUCAUAAAUGCUUGUCCCUGUCAGACAAAGACCAAAAGGUGACAUUUGGAGAGGAAGCAGAGCUGUACCCUGACCACUAUAUGCAAGUGCUGUCCCGUGAGACCCUCUCUGACCGGUCUUACUGGGAGGUCAGGAUCAGCGGGGUGGUCGAUGUUGGGGUGGCAUACAGAGGAAUCCCUGCACUGGGGAUGAGUGACAAGUCUUGGUGUCUGAAUUGCUUCGGUACGGUUCUGACGGCUUGUCACAACAGGAAGAUGACCAGCAUGCGGGCGCCGGGCUCCGUGUUACAGACACUGGGCGUCUACCUGGACCACCAAGCUGGCACCUUAUCCUUCUACAGCGUGUCCUCGGACACCAUAACCCACAUACACUCAUUCUGUGUUGAAUUCACUGAGCCGCUCCAUGCGGGGAUCCGCUUGUACCCUGGCUCCUCUACCUCUGCAUCUUUGCAACCUCCGUGAUGGCCCAGUAAGGAUGCAAUGUACUGUGUAGGCAUGGCAAUAAAAGACAUCAUACCUCAAACCACAAACCUUGCUGCUCAUAGUAAAGAUGCAUGCAUCUGUUUCAUGUUGGUUUAUGAGGCAAUUUUGCAAAUUAAUAAACAGUGCAACCAAAAUAAUUUCCCUUUUUAAGAAAAAAUAUUUCCCUAUAUGGUAACAAAGCGUAAGAGUAAAAGUGACAGCAUACUCUUUCGGGUGUUUUCUUUUGGGGUUGUUAAAAAGGUCCAUCAUGUUGCCAUCAGGCAUGAGAACCUUAUCUUUGCAAAUUUUGCAUAUAAGUACAGUUUGUUCCAACAAGGGUAAAAAAUCCAAAGCACUACCUACUGUUUGUUACUAAAGGUUUAUUGGUGUUGAAAAUGAUUUGGCUGACAAAACAGUUUUGUGUAUGAGUCAUAUUACUGCAACUGAUGGAGUGUGCACAGUAGCACGAUAUAUACAAUGUCUCUGUAAAAGCAGAUUGUGGAGACAUGCAAUCACACACCCCUACUUACACAUCACCCCCCUAAAGACUCCCCUGUGGGGUUUGUGUAUUACCUCCAGCAGUCCAAAAACACGUGGCUACGUAAAUUGGUGCUUUAGUGCGCAAAUAGUACAUAAUUAUAUGUGGGAGUGUUUUUCUUGGGAUGAACUGGGAUCUUGUCCAUGGUAUCUUCUUGUCUUGCACCUUGUUCUUCCUGGGAAAGGCUUCAGGUUCACCGUGACCUUGUAUCUAGUUAUAGAAAAUGGAUGAAUGAAUGAAUUGGAAGAUUCAGUGCAUGAUUAAUAACAUCUGUAAUACAGUGUAGCGUUUUGCAAUGUUGCAUGCUAUCUUCCUUUAUUGAACCACCAGGUGGCGCUAGUUGGCCUUAAGGUGCACCUCUUUCCUCUCUGAAAGGCAGAGGGAGCUUGAGGCACCGCCUCACUUGCAGUUCUGGAAGCUCAGUAGCUCCAACCUGUCAUCCAUUGCUGUAAGGGCCCAGCUAAAAGGGGGACUUAGCUGGGAUGACUGCCAUGGGCCUCCAGUCCCUAGGACAAGGGGUCCGGUGACCCACAGCAUUAAUCCUCUAAAAGACACCAGUUUCGGCAUUGCAAGGCUCUACGUUACAACAUAUAAAGUUCACUAGCAAGAGAAAGCACUCGCAUUCAAAUGUAACUUCUUCAGAUCUCAAGACGCAGUACAAUACCAAACAAAAAAGUCACACACCGUUGUAUAGCAGAAAAACAGCAAUAUAAGAACAAAAUGAAAACAAAAGCAUGUACUGUGGGAACCAAAAACACAACAAUGCCAUAUCACUGCAAUGUAUGGAAUGUAUUCCAUACUUUGAAAUCUUGGUUAACGGUUUUGCAUAUGAUUAAUAUGACAAUCACACUGUUUUGGGUGUAAAAUUAUUACACUGGGAAACUACAUUAUCUAUGUUAACCAUCAAGAUUAAAGCAACUGAAACUUGUGCCAAUUUAUAACAAUUGUACAAAUGUAUUUGCAUAUACUGUAUACUGCUCUGCUUAAAUAAUGUUGCCUCUAACUGAACUCUGCCCAGAGCAGGCUCAAGUCCCUGAUUAGUAAUCUAGGGACACAAUGGUCACUUACAUAUAUAAGUUUGACUGCAUACUUAUUACAAUGGGAAACCAUAUAAUCUAUUUUUCCAAACAAGACUAAAGCAACUGAAAAGUGUCCUAAAUUAUGACAAUUGUACAAGAACAUUUGCAUUCACGUAGACCUACUAGAACAUCUGGAAGUUUGAAGCAAUGAGAAAUGAUGUUCUGCUGUACAUUAUGGUGUGGGGAUCACACUUGUCAUUUUGCAAAUGUUUAUUGUCUGUUUAUUUGAGAAAUGCCUCAAAGCAAUCGAGAAAAGCUAUAAUAUUAGCCAUAAAAAGCAAAUAAAAAAUGAAUUUAUAGACUCAA